UGAGAGCAUGUUGUAGGGCAAAGCAAAAAUCAGUACGGUGAUGCGGUGGUUACUUGUGAACCAGUGCGCAACGCCGAGAUGGUGACGGGGCCGGAGGCGUGAGGUGAGGGUGCGAGACAACGAGGAAGGAGUAGACAGCCCUCUCAUUCAGUCAGCGUUCGGCGUCCAUGAUGUACGCGCAAGGGGACGACGUUCGCGCACCCAUGGGACUAACCACUUAAUUAGUGCCGCCGUGGAUGUGGAUACGUCGCGCGAGCCAUAGACCUCCUCCAGAAAUCCGAUGUGAAAACCCAUGGUGAUGGUGGUGCUGCUCAAGUUCGGCCGCCCGCUGCGGCUUCUGGUUACGCUCCUGGUGUUCGCCCCGUGCGGCGGCCUCGGAGGCAACUGUCCGUCGCCGUGCACCUGCAAGUGGAAAGGUGGCAAACAAACGGUGGAGUGCAUGGAAAGAGGACUCAUCACCAUUCCCGAGAGCGUCGAUCCGGAGACGCAAGUAUUGGAUUUGUCCGGAAAUAAUUUGCAGAUCCUCCCGCGGGAAACUUUCGUCAGAUCGGGUCUACUUAACCUACAGCGUGUGUUCUUAAGACGGUGCCGGAUCGGUCAAAUUGAUGAUCUCGCAUUCAGAGGACUGACGAACCUAAUAGAACUCGACUUAUCGCAUAAUCUACUAACGGCCGUACCUUCGGGGACCUUCCGGGAUGUACCUUUCUUGCGCGACCUGGUCCUUUCGCAUAAUCCGAUUCAAAAAAUUGACAGCCACGCAUUCAAAACGAUUCCGGGGCUUAUUAAGCUGGAUCUAUCAAACUGUGAGAUUCAAGUAAUAGCAUCGAAAGCCUUCGAAGGAAUUGAAAUGUUGGAGUCGCUCAAGCUAAACGGAAACCGGCUUUCCGAAUUAAGACUUCGCACCGUAGAGACCCUCAAUCGGCUCCACGGUAUCGAAAUGCACGAUAAUCCGUGGCACUGCGAUUGUCGCUUGAGGGCCGUGAAGGAAUGGCUUGUUAACAACAACAUCCCGUAUACCAUCGCGCCCGUCUGCAGCGGAGGUCCCGAAAGAGUCAUCGAUAAGACUUUUAGCGAACUUCACGUCGACGACUUCGCCUGCAAGCCCGAAAUUCUUCCAGUCAACCGCUACAUCGAAGCGACUUCCGGCCACAACGCCACGAUCCUGUGCCGAGCCAACGCAAUCCCGAUCGCCAACAUCAACUGGUAUUGGAACGGCCGUCCGCUCCUGAACAACUCGGCGUUCAGCUCUCACCAAAAAAUCUACGUUUACGAAGAGGGCAAACAGGAAAAACGGAGCAUCUUGGUGUUAACCAACGUCCAGGAAAUUAAUUCGAGUGAAUUUUAUUGUGUGGCGGAGAAUCGCGCCGGUAACGCAGAAGCCAACUUUACUCUUCAUGUGUCGAUGCGCGCUGCAGGAAUAACAACUCUCGGCAGCGGUCAAAUAGCCGGUUUAAGUGUUGCCCUCGUAAUCCUAAUAAUAUUCAUACUGUUAGUCAUUUUCGUGUUGUUGGUUCGCCUGAGACGGAUCCCUUUUUCCGAAAGCAAAACCUCGGGUCAAAUUGAGGUCGUUACGGUGGUCAAUGGGACCGCCAAUGGGAAAGUCUCUACGGUCCCAGCUGACGAGACCUCCACUUUUAACGAACACAAUAAACCAACGGAACUAAAUUUCUGCAAUCCCGUACAGAAACCGCCUAGGAUGAAUGAGGUUUCUUACACUACGGCGAAUUAUAACGGUAACGGCAGCGUGAUGCCCGCUUCCUGUUUCGUCUCGCCAUCAUCAGCCUCCGGGAACAAUCCUGACCUAAUUAACGACACUAAAACGUCGGAAGAUUGUUAUUCGGUCGAAAUGCCAGAAAGACCUGCCAGCGGUGAAUACAGUCGCAACGCCGAUUCCCUUUAUCCGUCGGGUCUGUGGGAGCACGGCGAUGCAGACUACACGCGACAGCUGAAUUUUUACGACGAUAAGACGCCCAUCAUGGACGGGAUGAGUGGAGGUGGGUCCAUUGAAGAACUGGCUUUCCGCAACGCUCAAGGAUAUCCUGCAGAUUAUGGUCUUCCUAUUGCCGAACAGAAGCCUUUGACGGUGGUUUCGACGUCUGCACAGCAAAUAAACCUACCGACGAACGCUAAAACAUUGAGGGUGUGGCAGAAGGGAGGUGUUCCCGUUUUACCACCGGUGACGGCACUCAAAAGAGCGCUGACUCACAGUAGAAAUUCGCCCGACGAGGGGUAUCAGGAAGGCUGCGGUACUGACGUUUAAGAGACUGGAUUUGCUGUGCGUGUAUGUGUCCACCUGUACUUACCAAAGACUGUUUGUUCCUAAUUAUACCCUCAUGUGAGAGGGUCGCAGCAUGGACUGUUUGUAAAUAUAUUUUUUUCUUUUAAGUUUUACCACUGUGCUGUGAAGUACACCGGAAGGGGAAAAUUUAGAUAAGUUUGUAUUUCCUUAUGUGAUAAAUAAUUGUUUCGUAGCGAAACUUGUUGUAAAUAUUGUGUAUAAUAGACAUAUUGUAGAUAAUGUUGUUUAUGGAGUUAUCAAUUUCUAGAAUAAGUAUACACGCUCAAAAGACUGAAAAUUUAUAUUUAAUAAUUCCCAGAUCGAUUACGGUUUUUCUGAAAUCAACUUAAAAACACCGAUUCAUUUUGUAACAUACGGACAAAUAAUUCAUAUAUUUUGUCGUUAAACUCCCUGUGUGAAGCUUAACAUUAUAAAAUGAUGCUCUAUUUAACGUUCCCAGUAACAUAUAACAUCAAAUUUCGGGUAAAAUAAUUGUCAGUGAAACGUUUUUUAAAUAUAUGUAAUAAACUAGGGCGAACUGCAUGGUCAGUUUUAAUUUUAUUGAAAAAGUAUUUAUUUCGAUAUUGUAAGUUGUUUAUUUUUGUAUUUAUUGUAACUGUAUGGAAUCAUUGUCAGCUGCUAGUGAAAAAUUUUUAUGUAAAAUACAUAGACAGUAAAUAUGUAAAAAUGUCUUGUUGUUUGCAACAAAGGUGUAAUGUUAAAACAAUAUAUUACAAUGUUAUACCCUAAAUUAACGGUACCUAAUAUCAAUUAACAAUAAUUCAGUAUUCUUAAUGUUACCAAGAUGUAUAUAAAUGUCAACUAAAAAGGUGCGAAACUUUUGGUAAUAAACAACGUAAGAAUA